CAGAGCCGUUGGAUGGAGAAGAGUACCUGGACAUUAUAGGCAUCAUGCGAAACCAAGCGGGGCGUUACGAAUGCAAGGCCAGCAACGAUGUCGCCACGCCGGAUGUCAAAUACGUCAAUGUGGUUGUCAACUACCCUCCGACAAUAAAGAAAACCCAGAGCUCAGAGACUCAGGUGGGCCGCAUGGGGACGCUGCAAUGUGACGCCACCGCUGUGCCCACACCAGAGUUUGAAUGGUACAGAGAUGAAAAAAGGCUGUCCAAUACCCAGGGCAUCAAUAUCCAAAUUCUUGGCACUACCACUAUUCUCAUGAUUGCCAAUGUCACCGAAGAGGAUUAUGGGAACUAUACCUGUGUGGCCUCGAACCGACUGGGCGUCCAGAAUGCCAGCCUUUUCCUCUAUAGACCCGGGACAGGCCGUGAUAUCAACGGCGCUGCCUGUGUAUCUCAAUCACUGUGGCUCCUGCUGGCCUCCUUCGCCUGCCUUUUCUUCAAGUGUUAAUACCGCUGUCUCCCUCCUCCUCCUCCUCCUCCCUCUCCCCUUCUGGCCUUUCUUCCUCCUCCUCCUCCUCCUCCUUGUCUCCGACUCACCGACAUCCUUAUUGCUACCUUAUUACCUACUUUACCACCCUUCCAGACUGUUUGCAUCAUGAUACGAAAACCUUACGUGCUCACGAGCACUGCUUACAGAUAUAACGAAAAGCGAUGGGUUAUGAGUAAAAAUGUAAGACGAACAACAACAAAAUAAAAAAAACAGUGAAAUGAAGGACAGAACAAGCAAACAGUUCUCUUUUAAAGAAAUGCAUUGCUCUUUUUAAUUCAUAUGCACUUCUUUGUUUCUGCUAUAUCUUGUCUUUUGGGGGUGUGGAUCGGGUUCAGGAUUCAUCAUAUUUUUGUCUUCACGGGAAUGAAAGCAGAGGCACCCUGCUCACAGGGAUGCCAACAAUCAUUUGUCUCUAGAAGUACUAAAGACAUGAGAUAUGUUUCUUCUUACUCCCAUUAUGUUAACUUAAAUUGUAGAUCUAACCGAGUGUUUAACCAGUGCAUUAAUGAGCAACAUGCAAAGUAUCUGCCAAAUAUACAUACAAUAUACUGUAGAUUUGAAACUAACACAUACAGAAAUCAAAGGGAGAACACAGCAGCUGAUUGUGUAAUGAGAUUAAAGCUUGAUAUUAAAAGUCUGUACGACCAUAAUCUAAUGCUAUUAGACUGAAACUCAUAUAUAUAAAGCAUUAGCAGGGUAUCUCUCCAAUCAGUGGCAUUGUUUCUAGAUGCAGCAGUCACUUGGGUUGUUGCCGUCCAGCCCAGAAACCGAGGAUGCAGUGAAUAGAAUUGACUUGAUCCUAACUGAGCUAAACCAAUGCAGAGUGCACACCUGAGGAAAUUAGUUAAUCUGGUGAUGGAUGUCUACAUCCAUCUUCAGUGGCUUUACAACCACUCGCCUUUAUUCCAAAAGAAUCCCUCUUUUCUUUUUGCAGCAGGACUCUCUCUCUUAAAAUAGAAACACAGUAGGUUAUAACGACGCGUACUGUAAAUAGUAAAAAUUUUGUAUUUCUCUAUGAUAAGACAAACGUGUUCUGCCGCUGUAACAACUGGAAACAGAGAAGAUUGUUGCGGUGUAUGUUGCUCGUCUGAUGACCAACCAACCGUACUGUGCAGUGUGUCUCUGCUCCACAGGCAGGCUGCACCGUGUUUGGCUACAUAUACUGUACUACAAAACAGUGUUUGCUUUUAGUUUAUAAGUUUUAGGAUCAUUCUUCUAUACUGCUGGAAUUUGGAUAAAAAAAGUAUGACACCAAUGAAUGACUCACUUUUUAGUUUUUCUCUUUCAAAGAAGUAUGUGUGUUUUAAUAUGAAAUGAUACAGAAAAAUUCAUAAUAUAUUGAUAUUGAGGUUAUUUUUUCUGUCUUUACCUCAUUCAUUUUAGUUGUGUGUGUAUAUAUACUUGAAUCCAAUGUCCUUAGACUAUAUGAAAAGGCAAAUUUUAUGUCUCCAUGUUUCUGAAUAGGAUAUAAUUUUGUUGAGGAUGGAUAACUUGCAGAUCUCUUGAACUGGCAACCCCGUUCUAUCAUGUGAACUGAAGCCCAUUACACAAUGAUGUUAAAAAAAAAAAAGAAAAAAAGGUCUAGCAUAAGUUUUGUGCAGUUCUUAUUGUACCUAUCCUUGAGAUGAUACAAGUACUGGCUUACAUGAUGUAAUAGAGAAUGGAAUAUUAUGUUUAGCUUACAAUGCUUGUCCAUGUACCAGGUAAUUAAUAUGAGAGCAGCCAAGAAAGCAAACAUUGCUUGUUCCCCUCAAUGGCCUUCAAGGCCACUGUACUGAUGCCUCCUUAACAAAAUAAUACCAUUACAUUACAGGUCCUACAGCUAAUUUUCUCUUCACACCAUAGAGUUAAUAUUUUGUAAAACUCACAAGAAGAAGACCUUUCAAACAGUGCAAUUCUUUCAGGAAACAGCUGAAAGGUCAUUGCUGUUGUGAUGAGAAUUGCAGAAACUGUGCACUAUUAGCUGCCUUUUUUGCCAUUUAUUUUGACCUACUGUAAGGUGACUAAUAGCAUAUGGACACCGGCGCCCAGCUCAGCUCCACGACUGGAUGUGUGUUCACAUCUCCGCUCUUCUAACAGCCGAGAUAGCUCUAGUACUGUAAAACACACGUGUAAUUACUGUCAUCCUUGUCAUCGCACAUUAAAAGACUUGUUCCUGGUGUUUUCAUUGUAAAUGCUUCUGAGGCCAUGGCGGUGUGACAUUGUAGUGUUGGUAAUGCCAUCUGAUCCGGUCUAAUUUUCAUGUAGGUGAAACUAUAGAUACAGAGCUGUACAGAGACUGAAACAGGCCACAAUUUUAACCAAAACUGAAGCAUUUAAACAGUUGAAACAACAUUUCUAUCGUCUCUAUCAGUAAAUCAGUCAAGGAAGUGAAAGAAAGCUGCUUGUUUUUAUGCUUUCAUCAUCUUACGCACGUGUUUUUGUUUAUUUUUUUACAACUGAACAAGUAACUCUGGUGUAGCCACUUUAAUGUGGAUUAACUUGACUCCUAAUGUUUUUCUACUACACUGGUAUUUCCGCAGGCUCUCCUAAUUGCUUUUUAGCCACUGACUAACCCAUACUUGAGGAUGCUAGUUUAUCAGCAGCAGCCAUUUUACUGUAGUAAGAAGUGAAUGACGUGGAAGCUGUGGCAAAAUUCUUCAUGAUCAGUUUGCAUGAGAGCAGUCUGUGCUACAUGUCUAUUCCAGUAAGUCUGUCUGUCUCACUGUGUGUCGCAUUAAAUAAAAAAAUUAAAAAAACAAAAAACAAAAAAAAAUCUCAGGGCAGAGCAAGGCUGGCCUUGGGCGGACACUCAGACAAACUCAAAUGUGCUUUUUUGCCAGAGGAAUCAACAGACGACCAGAGCAGGCUCAAAUAUCUUCAAAUUGUGCUCAGCAUUUAUUUUAACCUGCUUGGGAUGAAUGAUAGGUAGAAAUCAGUGCAUCAAGAGACUUUAAAGGACAGUAUAUUGACUGUCAUUCAUUGUUUAAACCUUCAUACCAUCCAGGUGAUUUGCAUAGGAGGCAAACCUCACCAAUUUGGGUGACCAAGUUUUCCAUGCAGGUUAAAAUCAGCCAACAAGCACUGACUAAUGAACAAAGACCACUUAAACAAAAGCCAUGGAGCUCUGUCUUAUCCAUAAAGCAGAAAAUGAAUAUGAAAUAGUGUAUUUCCAUUGCUGAUAAAGACCAACAGCCAGCCUAUGGACACAGCACCAACCCCCUGUAGACAGACCUGGAUAUCUACUGAAGACUGUAGAUACAGCUUUAGGUUUGCUAUUGACCAUUGCCUCAAAACAUCAUCAUCGCUUCACUGUACAAAACUGGCUUAUGUAUGUGCGCGUGUGUGCUCAUAAGAUUCUGUUCAUUCUUAUUAACCUACCUGAGGAGUUACAUACAUACAUGAGGCAUGAGAUACAUGAUGAGUUGGCCGAACAGCUAGCUUUCAACUUUCCACCGAGCUAUAUGGUUACAGUGGUAACCCUCAAUUUUAAGUUUAGAUUCUUUUUUUUUCUUUUCCUCCUUUGUGUGUAUAUACAGUAUGAUGUUUCUACAGUAGAAUGUUGUAAAGUCAGCAGAUCCAUAAGAUCAUGUUUAUACAACUCAACAUUUAAAAAUUUAAACAGCAAAUGUAACUAUCAUGUUUGUACUUCCCUUCCCUUUGUCAUGGGAAAUUAAGAUUCAAUCAUGGAUUAUGACACAGCAAUGUCCUGGUCUCUUUUUUUCUGUUUUAUUUUAUUUUAUUACGGCAUAAGGUAAUUGCAAUCAGUUUCUAAAAAAUGACAUGUAAUAAAAGGUAUAUGAGAAAAUGUUAAUUACGCAAAAUAAAGUUGUUUGAAUUCAGUGUUCUGUAUUUGAAUGUGACUUGAGAUGUUGGGGCAAGUAAGCUGUUUUUUUUUCUUUCUUUCUUUUUGGAGAUAGCUUGGAACACACAGAAACUCAAUGGCACUGUUGUGUUUAUCACCAUGUAAC